GGCUUGUGCCCCCAGGCUGGGGCCCGUUUGCCCAUCCCCAGCACUGGCUGCAUCUCCGCCUGGGUCCCUGGGGCGGUAACCACCGGGACCUGCAGCAAGGCAGGUCGCUGCCCCGCGGGGCUCCCACUUGGGUUUGGGGUUGAGGUUCAUGGAUCUCUGGGCUCUGCCCUGCUCGGAGCCCUGCGCCGCCCAUCGAGACACCGUCCCUUGCCCGCGGCCCCCAGGCAGCAGGGGCUCGGCCCCCCAGCUGCUGGCCUGCCAUCCCCAGAGCCGGAGCCUGGACUCCUCUUGCCGGCAGUUUCAGGCCUGGGGCUCCCUUCCCAGCUGGCCCUGUUCUGACCCCAGCAACACUUUGGCAGGUGCCUGGUUCUUGAGAGGCCAGCCCUGUCCUCACCUGUGACUCAGUUUCCCUGCAUGGCCCUGCGAUCCAGCUCCUGGCACAGGGUUUCACCUGUGCCAUGCCGUGACCUGGUCUGCAGAGGGUGCUGGUGGGUUGGUGCCCCUGCACCCCCCAGGCAGAGGCCUGGCAUCAGGCCGGUCCCUGCUCCUCUUUCCUUCCCUGCCCUGCAGAGCCUGGUGAGCGAAGGGGAGGAGGAGGAGCUGGCCGAGGAGGAGGAGGAGGACACCAGGGAAGGGAAGGCCACCCUGGCAGAGCCAGCGCUGGGCAAGAGGCUGGAGGAGAAGAGCAAGAAGCAGCCGAGCAAGGGCCUGGUGGAGCAACAGAGCAUGGGCAGCGUGGGGUUAAGUGCCCGCAGCACCCUGCUGCCCGAGAAUGGGCCGCAGGGGAAGAGGCUGGAGGCCAAGACCCGCACCCCUGUCCGCUACUGUACACUGGGCACCCGGGACUUGGCUAGGAACCCCCACAUGCUGGUGGAGGUGACGUCCUUUACGGCCAUCAACAAGUUCCAGCCAUUCAACGUGGCCAUCUCCAGCAACGUGCUGCUGCUGCUGGACUUCCACAGCCACCUGACACGGAGCGAGGUGGUCGGCUACCUGGGCGGCCGGUGGGACACCAAUACCCAGCUGCUGACAGUGUUGCGCGCCUUCCCAUGCCGGACGCGCCUCGGGGACGCUGACUCGGCAGCAGCCGUGGAGGAGGAGAUCUGCCAGAAUCUCUUCCUGCGCGGGCUUUCGCUGGUGGGCUGGUACCACAGCCAUCCCUUCAGCCAUGCCCUGCCCUCGCUGCAGGACAUCGAUGCCCAGAUGGACUACCAACUCAAGCUCCAGGGCAGCAACAACAGCUUCCAGCCCUGCCUGGCACUUAUCUGUGGCCCAUACUAUCAUAGCAACCCAGGUGCAGAGUCGAAGAUCUCACCUUUCUGGGUUAUGCCGCCUCCUGAGCAGCGACCCAAUGACUACGGCAUCCCCAUGGAGGUGGAGGUCACCUACGUGCAGGAUGGGUUCCUGACGAAUGACGUCCUACAGGAGAUGAUGCUGCUGGUGGAGUUCUACAAAGGGGCCCCCGACCUGGUGAAGUUCCAGGACCUGUGGAGCCAGGACCAGACCUAUCUGGACAAACUAAAGCCACAGCCCAUGGCCUCUCAGCCAAGCAAACAAAUCGCUCCAUCCCUGCCCAUAUCCCAGGAGUACAGCCUCCCUGCAGACACCUUCUUGGUGCUGGUGUCUGCAGCCUCCAUCACCCAAGGAUGCAUCUGCUGGAAGGUGACACCAUCAAUGCUAAGGGUGCUUGCCCACCUUCCCUGCCCUCAGUUGCAGGGUCUGCCUUGCUCCCCUAAGCCUGCUGCAGCUGAGUGAUGAGGAGGCACCCCUGCACAUUCCCCACUGCCCUCCCUGCUAAGCAGGUGACUGCCCCCUCCCCAUGCCCUGGCUGCAAGGCCCCUCCCUGCUGCUCAAGAAGAGGGCAAAUGCUUUAGAAAGAAGAAAACCCCAUUUAAUACUUUUAUUGAGCGGUUACAAGUCCAGAGUUGUGACCUUUCCCCUUAAAACAAGGAAAUGCCAUUACAAAAGGAGACCUAAUAAAUUGUCCUGACUAAACACAGACUCAUUCAACCCAAGUGAGCCUACGCCAGAGCUCAGAGAUGCAACGGGGCCAGGCCACCGGGUUGGGAGAGGGAGGAGUCCCGACCUCCGCAUCAGUGUCAGUGUGCGCGACAGCUCUGCUGCGAGGAACAGGCAGGACAGAGUUCCCUCCCUCCAACCAUGUAGAGGGGGCUGGGUCCUGUCCCCACUGCCUCCCUGAGAGCAGGAUCAGGCCCCAGGGGCAUGAAGGGCUGUAGGGGCAGGGAGCCUGUGACUGGAAGCACGAGCCUGCUCUGGUCACAGCCCCAGCUGUGAGUCGUGGCGGUGACAGCAAUCAACGGGAAG